CUGCAAUUGUUUCAUUCAUGCUGCUGUUGUUGUCGUCGAGCCCUGUUCUGAUCUCUCCUUUGAUUAGCAGAUACGUCCAUGCGGAGACUUCCGCAGGUCUGAUGUCAUGUAAUCAGAAAAGAGUGUGUCCACAUCUGAAAGGAUCCGCUCCGGAUGCCAAGCCCGUGUCCGUGUCCGUGUCCGCCGAGCUACCGGCAACAGACCCACUUUCACGGUGCCCGGAUUCCAGUGCGGGACGGAACUGCCCUAGACUUUGCAUUUACUCCUGGUGAGUGACUGUCACACAUCUGUACUUCUUCCAUUUUAUCUGGGUCCUCUAACCGGGCAUCUUGGACCGUGGGUAACACUCUCGAAGGAAGGAUGUGGCUCCUUCUUCUGUGUUACUACAUGUGUGUUUCGAGAUGGGACAGUUGGGGGUCACUCCUCUCUUACACCAGCAAUUGGAAGCUCUUUAUGUUUUAAAGCAUAUUCGUGGUUUCCUUGCGUUCGCACGAAAUACCUAGGUACCUGACAUCCCAUGCUCAGUCUCCAUAUCUACCAUCACUCACCGCUAGGAC